AUGGCUGACAGCGAUAAGACAGAGAUCAUCGUCGCCUCCGCCGCGCUUUUCGUCUCCUUGAUAGCGCUCCUGGCAACGCUUCUGCAAUGCCUUCAGCAAUAUUUCGCGUCCGCGCGGGGCUUCUCGCAAUGCAACGAGAAGGUCAUGGGAGGAUGGCACAAGUCGAAGACUCGCAAAUUUCGAUUGGAGGAUCUACGCUUCGAGACAGAGGUGGAGAUUCCUGUGAUUUUCGUGUGUCCGCCGGCGAACGACAAGGGAGCGCUGGAUGGCAAGAUACAGCUGCUGGAUGGCACUCCCCAGAGUCUGGCAUACACAUGGACGGAAGACUACCAGAAGAAGGACCGCAAGCAGAGGAUGCGGACCUCGGAUAACGAGCGUGCUUCGUGGACUAUUCUCCUCUCGGCAAUCCAGAGCAUGGAGAUCGAAUCGCAGAUGUGGCACCGGAGUCAAUUCGACUACUUUUCGUCGAGUCAGCCUCCGCAAACUGCCUUUCGACAGCAUGGCCUGCCGAGCGAACCACCUUCACUGGCAGAGAGCCACACCUUGGUCGUCGCUGUGCAGAAAAAGAGGAUGAGCUGGGAUACUAUGCCCGCAUCCAUUACUCGACCAUAUGCCACCACAACCAUGUGCCAUCUGCUUGAGAUUAUAGCUGCCAUGGGCAUUUAUUGGAAGAAAUUCGACAGGACCAAUGAUCGCUAUCGAGCCGAAGGCAACGGUUUCAUGGUUCUCGGUGAGCGAGUUGCUGAACUCGGUCUGGCCUUCACGUUCCAAGUGAACGGACUUUCGCGAUUCGAGAAAAACAGGGUCAUACCCGUGGAUGAAGUGAAAGAGCUCUGCUUCGGAUGGGUACCUACGAUUUUCCGAAGCACACAGGACAAGAGGAGACUGGAAGUUCCUGUAGAUUUGCUGGACUUGAGCACGCUCCUCGUAGCAACCAGGUCGGAAAUCGCAGAGACACUCCAACUGAUCGGAUGCAACCACACCUCAGUGGCUACAUUCAUGGCGCCUGGACGUAGAGUCUCGCACCUGUUCCCCAUAUCAUUUGAGAUUGUGGGGAUGCUCAGCCAGAAUUUCCACAUUGAGAAUACUUUCUUCACGCACCUCCCGAACCCAACGCCAGAUCGGUGGGAUGCGCGCUCUAUCGACCUUGGGAAGGCGUUGAGGACUUUCAAGGGGUUAUGUCUUCAAGAGCCCAACGACGCAGGGCGAACACAGGUUGUUGUUGAACGUCUGAGCGACCAUAUCAGCGCAAUACUGAGGCACCAGGGCGAUGACAGCAUCGCGACUUUACUACGCUUCAGAGCUCUCCAUGUGGCGUUGGACGACGCCGACGAAUUGUUGACGGGGCGAAGCAAGCAGUCACGACGAUCCGAAACACAAGAUAUAUCCUUGCUAAGAUCAAGCACACAAAGAACAGGCAGCAGCAGUCUCCUGGGGCUCCGUCGUCGCUUUAAUGCCUUUGUUGCCUCGCCAGGACCGUCACCGGAUAGCAUUCCACUGAGGACGACCCAAGAGGAUGAACCACCGGGAUUGAGCCUUGAAACACCCAGGCAGCAGAGGAGGCGGAAGACUGUGCAGACAGUCCUGCGUUUCCACUUACAGGAGGUCAUUCGCCAACUGAACCUGGGCGACGACCGUUCGCGAUCUAUGUCACCAGUCCCCUGUGCAUCGACGACGAUGGACGAUGUGGACGUUGCUGGCCCCGACGAGAGGCAAGAGAAGCUCAUGCAGCUAUACUACGACCAAGUCCGGCGAGUCGUAGUCCGUAAGGCCGCAAAGGCCGAUGCGGAAGAUGCAGGCUUGGAGGCGGACCAAAAUGUCACUCAUGAUGAUAUCUGGUGUACGCUCGUGUUCCGCAUGAUUUGCUGGCUGAUGCUGCAUGACUUCAACAAGCUCGACGUGCAAGUACCGAAGACAGAGACCCAUGACAAUGCCGUGACCUGA